CCAGGUGACGCCCACAGGCUGCCUCCCCAGGAAAUAUCAUACUAGUGCUGGUCGCUCGCAUUCUCUUUCCUGUAUCGGACACCCAUCGGCGUAUCCUGUUACGAGGCUCCUACGGUUUCGCAGCCGGAGGGUUUUCGUAUACGAUGGGUCCUGAUCGAGGACUGUCGCCUUUAACGAGGUCGCCGCUUCGCACCCCACGUGUCCUUGCACUGUCGCUGGUCCUGCUUUUUUCUUUCGUCUCAGUCGCUGCUGCCGACACUUGCACCUUCGAGAACGGCAUCUGUCCUGAAUGGGUGUCGACGGACUGCCGCCGAGAGGCCUGCUUUGAAGCGCGCCAGGUGGCCACUGUGAAAAUCGGACCAGCCUACGACCAUACGCUCAAGACUGCGAACGGCUGGAGCGCUUACGCAUCGAGAGGAAGAAUAAGAGACGGGCUUUCCAGGGCUGAACUCACCCGAAAAGUUCAGGGGCCAUUCUGCUUCACUGCCUGGUACCACCAGUCGGGCACGCAAGAUGCAAGUGCGGUGUUCAAACUGGAUCACGCGAUUAAGCUACAAGAAACAAUUUACACCACUCAGCCGGAUAUGUUUGGUCGCUGGCAGAGAGUGCGGUACUCGGAGAAAGUCGCCGAGAAGUUUGAGAUUAUCAUCCGCUACAGCGUGCAAAGCCUCGAUGAGAGAGGAGUGUUCGCUCUGGACGAUUUGAGCGUGGAAAGCGGGGAAUGCACUGAGCCAAAGGAGGGUUCCUGUGACUUUGAUUGGGGUGACGCCUGCGGGUACGACCUCGGAAACAACCGCAGCGGCUCGUGGAAGCUGCUUGAAGGCCAACGUCGACAGACGUUUUCUUCGCCAGAUUACAACACCAACACAUAUAUCGGUGGCCUGGUCUACCUGGGAUUAAAUGGCAACAGGACAAGUGCUGCGCUGACGUCGCCAAAACUGAGUGGUCGUAGUGGUACCCAGUGCCUUGAUUUUCAUUAUCAUAUUCCUCGGAGCAUCAUAGACAGUGAUACGGAGCACAUCCUAGGUGUGAGUGUACAAGCCUCGACAAGUCAAAAAGGCAGGACGUGGUUUUCGCCUGAGCUACUGAGGGGAUCCUGGAAUGCGAUCCAUGUGUCAUUCAAGGAACAACGAGACUUCAGGGUCAAAAUCGCAUGUGCUAUGCGAGGGGGCUUCCCCUUCAAGUCACACUGUGCCAUAGAUGCCAUCAAACUUCGGGAAUGCCGAGGCAAGCGAGCUCAGGCUGAUGGCCUCUGCAAUUUUGAGGAUGGCUGGUGUUCCUGGAUAAGCUACGAUCAUGUUUUCUCUCGGCCAAGAUGGCUGUUGGGUGGCGGUGACGUGAAGACCACUCUGGCAAGGCCAGCCAACGAUCACACAUUCGGUAAUGCCACAGGAUCAUACGUGUUCUUCAGCAACUUCGAGCGAAAAGCGGGAGAUAAGGCAGAGCUUAUCAGCGAGAUGCUUUCCUCAAGCAACAGGAUAACACAGUGUGCAGAGUUUUGGUACCUCAUCUCUGGAGACCAGGCAACGGAACUCAAGGUACUGGCUCGCAACCCGUCUGAGAAGUCGCUCACUCAUCGUCCUCUAUGGACGCAGAAAAGCGGGCCGUCAUCAGAAUGGCAGCAGGGUCGCAUUGCUGUGCCGCAUAGACAGCAGGUGGUUUUCCAGGCGACAGUCGGUGCAGCCUCAACGCCAGGGUUCGUCGCACUCGAUGAUAUCUCCAUCGUGCACCACGAUCGGUGCGAAACCCUUCCGAAAGACAGUGAAUCCUUGUCUGCAACGGAGUUGCUCAGCUGCGAUUUCGAAGACUGGAACUUCUGCCACUGGUCGUCUUCGGGUGCUUCGCAGCGCAUUUGGAGGUUCGGGGUCGAGAGACUUUUCACCCUGGGCCCUUCCUCGUAUCCGGAUACUAAAGAAGGUGAGGUAAUGUACGUGACAGGGGAAAAUCUGGAACGUCUCCGAGGGGCAGUGACAUUUGAGUCGCCUAAUGUGGGACCCCAGUCGGAAAUCGCCUGCUUCUCGGUCUGGUACCACAUGUUCGCUGGACGUGGCGCGUGGAUGAGGGUGACCUUGGAGAAAUCUCCCUCGUCGGGAGGUGCGAGAAAAUUCUCGCAGCUCCUUUUCCAAAGAGGCCGAACCACAGCAGACCGCUGGUUCAACGUGCGACAGACAGUGAGCCUCGACGGCGUCCAUAAUAAGAUUAAAAUCACCAUUUCAAAUGUGCCGUCUUUGCGUAAAGACGUCGUGGUGGGUCUAGGGCCACUGAAGUUAACCAUGGGGAAAUGCGACGUUCUUACGGAUGGACUAGGUUACUGCGACUUUGAGUCCGGCACCUGCGGGUGGACAGCUGGCCCCGGCUGGCAGAUACAAAUGGCCAGGGCACCAAUUUUUGGCACAGAUGCAUUAUCGGGACCAUUCAAUUCCGUGUAUGUCAUUACAGCCAAAGCAUACAAUGCACCAACUGACGGUGCUUUGUUCACAAGUCCAGAGUGGUCAGGACAAAGCCAGCCGCAGUGCCUCGAGUUUUGGUACGAGUAUGGUGGUAGGAGCACUCCAAGUUUGCAGGUGGAAGUAAAAUCGAAUGGAAAGAGUGAAGUUGUGUGGGAAAUGCCGUCGUACCCUGGAAAGUACUGGAUGCUGGCGCGAGCACAGAUCUCACAGGAGAACAAAUUCCAGGUGGUAUUCCGCGCGAAGUCUGGGGCCGACACGUCUCAGGUUGUCAGCUUGGACAACGUCGUCCUGCGACCGGAGCCCUGUGUCCAUCCAGUCGAGUGCAACUUCAAUGACGGCCUUUGUGGCUACGUGAACCUAUUCCAGGGAAACUUCCGCUGGCUCGUAGGAACGGGUCGGUAUGAGCAGCGUCAAUUACAGCCACCUGUACCUCGUGCAAAGGAUUCGCCUCCAUUCGCCUACCUUGACUUGACCACGGGCAAGUCAGACCCCAAGGAUUCACCUGUAAACAGGCUGUCGAGGGCUUCCGAUACAGUGGAGCUACUCAGCCCUCUGUUCGACGCUUCAAACGACAACACCCAGCUGUCCGUUCAGUACUACAGGCAAGGGCCGGAUAUAACCACGGCCAAUCUCUCCGUGUCCUGCUAUGGAAAAGCCUCCGAAAAGGCCCAAACCGAGGUGCAGUCCAAUCUCGAAAUGGCCGAAGUGUCCCAGUGGACAACACUGAACGUGACAGUGAAACGGGGUGCUAGCUGUCAGCUGGCGGUAAAGGUUACUCGGGGCCAAGGCACGAACGGCACCAUGGCCAUCUCGUCCGUGCAAGUUACACUCUCGGAGACAGCUGUGGAGCCAAGCCAAACAUCAGAUUCUCCAACUCGGUGCACCUUCGAAGAUGGCACAAUGUGCGGCUGGAACCCUGGUGGAUUGUCCAGUCAAUGGCUGCUCAACGAUCCUGCCAAAAAGCUUCCAGAGUUUCCGCGUUCCGACCAUACCCUCAAAGCUUAUAAAGGACGUUUCGUAUAUGCGAAGCACGACGUGGAUUACGACUACGGGACUGCAGUAUUCAAAAGUCCUGAAUUAGACGUUAACGCAACUCACGGAGCCUGCCUCAGCUUCUGGCUGUUCGCCGUCCAUUCAAACCACGUCGGUCUCACGGUGUGGUCAGGGAUUGAUCGGCUAUAUGCUGCCAGCGCUCCCUCAAGCCACCAAUGGGAACACGUACGGGUGAACUUCAAGAGGGCCGAGGGGAAAUUCCAGCUUUGGAUUUCGUUCUUUAUGAAGCAAGCCCUAGUGGCUCUGGAUGAUAUAGAAGUCACCCCAGGAUUUUGUCCGCAAAGAGACUUCUGCUCCUGGGAGGAAAAUUCUCCGUGCCCGGUGGCUCAUGGUCCAGGCCGUUUUGCCACCUGGAAAAUCCGAACUGGCUCUGAGAUAGGCCUUCCCGACCACACUCUGAAGAACCUGACAGGCCGCUACUUGUACCUGAACACGACUGCAGUAGACUCGCACCAUCCAGUGUCCAGGGUGUUCAUGUGGUCACGUCCACCCACCGAAUCCACAUGCGUCACUUUCUGGUUUAGCGGCCACGGGUUCCUGGGACGCCUUAACGUGUACAGAUUCACGAAAGAGACUGUGCUACGGGACCCCCUAGUAUCUGUGGCUACGCCACUGACAGAUGGCCUAUGGAUAGCACGACGAGUGUCCAUCUCUUCAAGAAAUAGGUGGAGCCUCGUCUUUGAAGGCGUCGCUACCGCAGGUGUGAAUAUGGGUUCCGGAAUUAUGAUUGACGACAUUGAGUUUAGCGAUGGCGAAUGCCCACCCUACGAGUACUGCACAUUCGAAGACGAGUGCCUUCCUUGGUUCGUUAAAACAAACGGCAAUGGGGCCACCUUUGAAGUGGAGCGAGCCGGAUCCUUCGACAAGCUGCCUCGAGAUCACACGACGCAGACCGAUGACGGCUACUAUCUUCUAUUCAAGUCUCCGGGUACCAAGGGAAACAAGACAUCGUUUACGUUGCGAGAGCCCCUGCGGUACGAUUGCGUGUCACUCUGGUACUUCCUGCCCAAACUCUCAAAUGGGAUUGUGCUCUAUGUGCAAGAUCAAGCAAUACUCAACGGGAGUGGUGUCUGGAAGCGUUACCAGUGGCGGCAAUCAAUACAGUGGGACGAUACCAUUACUGCUGUUUCUGGAACGAACGGAGACGGCUUCGUUGCCAUCGACGAUGUGCUGAUCAGCGAGCAAUGUAAUCAAAGGACACGGUCGACACAAAGGUUUGAUUGUGGCAACAAGACUGUGACGAUAGAGCGUGUGUGUGACUUCGUGACCGACUGCGAAAACGGCGAAGACGAGCGAAACUGCGGCGAUUGCGACUUCAGCAAAGGCCUGUGCGGCUGGAUCUCCGACGGCUCUCUGAACCGUGGCACGGCGGCAUGGCGCCGCAAAGCGGUAGGCGAAGUCGAGAACUCACCGCUCACCAACCCACGCAACAGUCGCAACGAUUUCUGUGCACCACUGCAUGGAGCAACGAUAUUCUCCAAGAUUAAUCUGGUGAAUGCUUACCAUCAAAUUCCUGUGGAACCAGCGGACAUUCCCAAGACGGCAAUCAUCGCGUCAUUUGGACGGUUCAAUCGAAAGUCAGAACACCACAUCCACCAUCUGGUCCAACUCUUUCAUCGCCUCGCCGAAUAUGGCCUGAUCAUCAAUAGGGCGAAGUGUAAAUUCGGCACGCCCGAGUUGGACUUCAUCGGUUACCGUGCCGACAAGGAUGGCAUCCGUCCCUUGCCCUUAAAAGUCCAGGCCAUACAAGAGUUUCCUCAGCCAUCUUCCAUCCGCAAACUGCACUACAAUCCCGGCCUCGUAAAGUUUGACAACAGCUUCAUCCCUAACUGCGCUGCUUUUCUCCGGAACCUAACGGACAUGCUCCAGGGCAACAAAUCCAAAAUAACUCAACUCACCUGGUCCCCAGAAGCACUAAUCGCUUUUGAUACCAGCAAGGCCAAGCUGCCUCAGGCCACCCUGCUCGUCCAUCCGUUACCAGGGUACCAAUUUGUCUCAUGGCUGAUGCGACCGAUGCUGCUGUUGGAGCGAGUUCGCGGAUAA